AUGGUGGAUGGUUCUAGUAUGACAAAGCCUGCAGCUGGAAAGGGGAGCAGGCCGGGGAGGCGUCACAUGAUGAGAGGCUGCCUCUGCCAUUUUACUGUAAAACGGUUAUAUACUCGGCCACUCAUUGCUCUUAUUAUCUAUAACCAGAGAACACAUGUAGAUAAAUCAGGAGCCCCUUGUCAUGGUAUACUGGAUCGGGAUUCUAUGGGAACGAGAGCUAUGUAUGCUCCACGAAUUUCGGAGGAGCAACGCCAGAAAGUGAUGUCUAUGCUUUAUGUUGGAAUACCUUUGGACAGCAUAAUUCAGCAUCACACAGAGGUAGUCCAGGAACAUGGAGGACCCCUUAACCGUGAUGAUUUUCUCAGUCGUAGUGAUGUUCGUAACAUGGAAAGGCUGGUUCGUAAUUCUACUCAUGAGCUGCAUGCAGAUGAUGGAUGCAGUGUAAGGAUUUGGGUUCAACGCCAUCGUAAGCAUGUUUUCUACUUUGAAGAAAGCUCUAGUUCAGAAUCAUUUGUCUUAGGGAUACAGACAGAAUGGCAGCUGCAGCAGAUGCUCCAAUAUGGACAUAAUAGCUAUGUAGCUUUCCAUUCAAGAUUUGGCUUAAAGAAGUUUAAGUAUCCCUUGUCUACAUUACUUGUUUUUGACCAAUCCCGGAAUGCAAUUCCAGUUGCUUGGAUCAUUGCAUCUUCUUUCAGCGGUCAAGGUAUCCAUAAGUGGAUUGGGUUACUGGUUGAUAGAAUUCGAACCAAGGAUCCUAGAUGGAGACUUGAUGCCUUUUUUGUUGAUGAUCCUUCCUUCGAGAUUUCUAUAAUAAGAGAGGCUUUCCAAUGCCGUGUUUUACUAUGCAUCUGGCAUGUUCGGCGUUCUUGGAUAAGAAGCAUUUUAAAGAGAUGCAGAAACUUUGAUGUGCAGCGAGAGAUGUUUAAGCACUUAGGUUGGCUGUUGUAUUGCACCACAAGUGGGCCAAUUGCUAUGGAUGCAGUUGAAGAGUUUCUGCAAGUAUUUGUUGAUCAGUGUGCUUUUAUGGAUUACUUUAAGAGGCGAUGGUUACCAAAUAUAGAGAUGUGGGUCAAUGGUGUAAGGUCUCUUCCUGUGGCCAGUCCAGAGCCGAGUGCUGCAGUUGAAUCCUAUCAUUUAAGGUUGAAAUCCAAGCUUUUCAAUGAGCAAUAUGCUAGCUCGUGGUCAAGAGUUGACUGGUUAAUCCACACGCUUACAACUGAAUUCCAAUCAUCCUAUUGGUUGGACCAAUAUAGUGUAGAGACUGGGUAUUUUGAAAAUCUGAGGGACAGGUCUUUCUUGACCAAUUGUUGGUAUCAGGCUUUGCAGAUCCUAGAUGUUGAUGUCAUAAUUGAUGAGCAAAAUCUACAGUAUGCAAAAGUCAUCUCACAAUCAGACAGAAGUGUGGUGUACACGAUCUGGAACCCUGGUUCAGAAUUCUCUUUGUGUGAUUGCCCCUGGUCGAUGCUGGGGAAUCUCUGUAAGCAUAUCAUCAAGGUUGCAAUCUUGUGUAAAAGUCGGCAGGUUGCGAGACCUUUAUUGGCUGCCCAAGUCUAUAGGCAGGCUUUGCUUACCCUUCUGCAAAAUCCUCCAGAUGAUCCUGUAGUACUUGAUCAUGCAAUUUUACAUGCAACCCGCUUGCAACAGGACAUCAAAGGCUUGGAAGAUUUAUCCAAUAGUGGGUUGCUCCAGUCUUUACAUUCAGAGGUUAACUCUCAUGGAGCAGACAGUAUACAUUUUCCUCCUUUCCCUUGAUUAAGCCAUCCAAAGGAGAUUUUUAUAUGCCCAGGCAUUCACCGAGGAUGUUAAUCUGACAAUGAGCGUUAAAACUUGUAAAGUCAGACUUCGCUUGGCGAACUUCUGAAUGCUUUUGUUAUUCAGGUCUCUUUCCUCUGUCUCUCUAUCUCAGCUGUGACACUGCAGAGGUAUGUUUUUAUCGCUUUCACACUUCUGAUAAUCUUGGAAGUUUUCAUGAUUGACAUUGGAAAGAACUUAAGUCAAACUGUCUGGUUAACACUUUGUAAGGUGUUCCCUUAGUGGUUUCUUUAAGAAUAAGAUGUAGAAAUUCAGUUUCUCCUAAAUACCGAGUAUAGUGGUUGUUGAAAGCAAUGCAUAGAUUUCUUUUGCACUUGUAUUUUUUUGAAUCACUAAAUGCUUUUGUGCCCAUUAGAUUCUUUGAGCUCAAGCCCGUUUGCCCACUUGAUGGCUCUUACUUACAGAGGUUUCAUGAUUUACUUGGCGCCGUGAUGUCACUGACCUUUCGUCAAAAGAAAGAAAAUUGUUUUAGUACUCACCCCUCUUUGGGGUUUUGCUAGGUUUUAGCCCUUCGGAUUUUGGGCUCACCAAUCAUUCCUCUGAACAUUGUUUUCUUUCUUUUUCUUUAUCAAUAAACAAAAUAGACAUUGUAUUCAGUUUAGUGCUUUAAUAACUCUUAUGCAACAAUUACCAUUCAGGUUUAACCGUUUAAGUAUCAAAUAGUUGCCUGAAAAGGACAACAGAAAGCUCACAGCAUAACCAAAGGAAAUUAGAAGUUAAGAACUCGCAAUGAGUUGAGAUUAUAAAAUUGUAGAACAAAAGGUUAAUUACGUAGAAUCUUCCUAUGACAGAUAAUAUGAGAAUUAUAAAUUAAUACAAGCUGAUCACCUAUUACUCUAUCUUCCAAACUUAUUAUCUACUAAAAAAUGUAGAGGUUUCAAAUAAAU